UCGAAAAUCAGAGCCAAUGAGGCUUGAAAAGUUUUUUAUUCCAAUGCAAAACCAACACCAUCGUUUCGCCUCAUUGGUUUUGAUUCUACUCAUAUACAUUUUUAUCUUUAACAUUUACCUGUUUCAGUCCCCAAGUAAUAUAACACACAAGGGCAGUGCUUAUGAUAACCCCUCUCUGACUGAUAACUGGGAUGAUACAGAAGGUUAUUACAGGGUACGAAUAGGGGAAAAUUUGGACAAUAGAUACACUGUUUAUGGUCAUACUGGACAGGGUGUUUUCAGUAGUGUCGUUAGAGCCAGAGAUCAAGCAAGAGGCAGCCAGGAUGUAGCUGUAAAAAUAAUUAGAAAUAACGAAAUCAUGCAUAAGACUGGUCUUAAAGAACUGGAAGUGUUAAAAAAACUAAAUGAUGCAGAUGCUGAAGACAGGUUCCAUUGUCUAAGAUUAUUUAGACAUUUUUUCCACAAGCAACAUCUGUGUUUAGUGUUUGAACCCUUGUCUAUGAAUCUUAGAGAAGUGUUAAAAAAAUACGGUAAAAACGUUGGUUUGCAUAUAAAAGCUGUCAGAAGUUAUACACAACAGCUACUACUAGCGUUAAAACUACUUAAAAAAACCGGUGUCUUACAUGCUGAUAUCAAACCGGACAAUAUUUUGGUAAAUGAGAGCAAGUUAGUACUAAAAUUAUGCGAUUUCGGUUCGGCCUCAUACAUAACCGACAACGAAAUAACGCCCUACCUUGUGUCAAGAUUUUACCGAGCUCCUGAGAUCAUUUUGGGUAUAGCGUACGACUACGCUAUAGAUAUGUGGUCUGCCGCAUACUAA